GUUAGUAAACGACAACACUUUAUUUUUCUGCGUGUCAGGUCAUAAAAUGUCGAAAGAAAGUCGUCAUUGAAAUUUUCACGAAUCGAGACAUCAGCAAUAAAUAAAUUCUGAAAUAUGUUUCACCUUUUUGUGAUAAUGACGAUGCUCUUUAUGACGAUUGACGCGCGAUUAAUCAGGACUUCGUUGCAAAAGAUAGAUGAAGAAUCUUCGGAAAAAAAUGCCACUAUCUUUCAAGAUGUCCCUUUAGUUAGUGAUCUUCCUUCAGUACGUUUGACCAAUUACGAAAACAUACUUUACUAUGGCGACAUUCAAAUUGGGACACCACCUCAAGAAUUUAGAGUUGCAUUUAGUACUGAUUCCGCACAUUCUUGGAUAUUUUCCCAACAUUGCACACUCCCUUUUUGUUUACGAAUUUAUAGAUAUAAUAGUAUCAAUUCCUACACAUAUAUAUCACAUAAUACUAAGAUCGAUUUAAAAUACUUGGAUUACACGAUACAUGGUUUUCUAUCUACUGAUGUAGUGAAUGUUGCCAACCUCACUAUAGCGAAUCAAACAUUUGUAGAAGUGAUAAACGCAUCAGACAUAAAUAUGAUAUUUGAUUUAUAUGUAACUAUACUUGAUAGACAUAGAUUUGAUGGUAUGGUAGGCCUGCUAUCUUCUAAUUUAUAUAGAGAUGCAUUUAUGAUGACGCCUGUCUUCAGCAACAUGAUUCAACAAGGUCUAGCGUCAGCAGGCAUUUUUAGUUUUUAUCUAAAUAGAAACACUUCAUCUAAUUUUGGUGGCAAAUUGAUAUUCGGUGGUUCCGAUCCUGCUUAUUACGAAGGGAAUUUUACAUAUGUUCCUGUUAGUGUCAAAGGAUAUUGGCAAAUUAUUAUAGAUAGUAUCGAAGUAAAUGAGCUUACUUGGUGCGAGAGAUUAUGCCAAGCUAUCAUUGAUACAAGUGUUUGGAGAAUAAUUGGACCAGAAAGGGAUAUUUCAUUUAUUAAUCAAUACUUUAUUGAUACUGGUACACGGGGAAGAAUAAGCUGCCAUAGAAUUUCUGAGUUGCCUACAAUCACGUUUAAAUUGGGUGGUAAGGCGUUCAAUCUUACCGGUAAAGAUUACACCAUUCGGGAUCAAGAUAAUGAUAGUCUAUGUGUAAGCCUCUUCAUGAAACACCCCGACUCAUUAGAUGAGGGUGAUGUUGAAUUAGUUAAAUUAUGGGUUCUGGGCAUGCCAUUUAUAGGCCGUUACUACACUGAGUUUGAUAUGGAGAGAGACCGAGUGGGAUUUGCUUUGGCGAAAAAUGUAUAGAAUUCACCAAAACCUAUAGAGAAUUUUACAUUGCCUCCUAUUAUUGAACACUUUAUCAGUUUUUAAUAAUUUGCUUAGUUUUCUACAGCAAAAAAAAUUUAAUUAUUUUUAAUCGUCAACUGAUAAAGUUUGCGUAUUAUUAAUGUGAAUUUUUGCGUAAUAUGUACAUAGCUGUGUAGUAAUUUUUAACAGCAAUACUUUAUCUUGAAAGUAAUUAACAUGAGCUUAUUGCUAAUUAGAAUGUGCGAAUUUUUGGGAACAGUGUCAUUUGCUAAGUUCCUUGUUGCAUGGCCGUCUAGUCGAUAUUAUCAGUUUAUAUUUUCGAAAUGAUGAUUACUUCUUCAUUAUCAUUCUUAAUCACGCGCACGUUUAAUAAUUUAUUUUAAUACAAUUUGGUUUAAUUAUGA